AUGGCAGGCCAGUACGCGGCCAACGAUAUGUCUGAUGCUGCGCUCGGCAAGUCCGGUCUUUCGAUUCAAAAUGGUCGAUUUGUCGAUUCCUUCGGUCGCACUGUCAAUCUGCAUGGCGUCAACGUUGCUGGAUCCUGCAAACUACCAGCAACACCGAAUGGGCUGUCACAUCUGUACGAAGGCUUCUACGAAUCGCACCGAGUAGUCUCGUUUGUCGGGCGUCCGUUCCCGCUCUCAGAGGCACCGCUGCAUUUCGCACGUCUUCGCGCGUGGGGCCUGCCGCUCAUCCGUCUCUUGGUGACAUGGGAAUCGCUCUCGCACAAGGGUCCGGGCAUAGACGAUGUGGACACGGAGUACAUAGACUAUCUGGAGAAGCUGUUCGAGCUGAUGGCAGAGUACGGACUAAAGUGCUUUGUGUGCGCUCAUCAGGACGUAUGGUCGCGCUUCAGCGGUGGUUCGGGCGCACCAGGAUGGACGUUCGAGGCUGCAGGAAUGGAUAUGCAUGCAUUUACCUCGACAGGUGCUGCGUACAUUCACUGUGUAGACGAAAAGCAGAAGCGCGAAGAUGCACAAGGGUCGAGCAACGGCAAGGGCAAGGGCAAAAAGGAAGCAAGCGGGGCGUUCCUAUGGCCGUCAGGCUAUCAGAAGCUGGCUGCGAGUACGAUGGCGACGCUUUUCUGGGCAGGAGAUGCUCUUGCUCCCAAACUCACCGUCCAAAACGGUGGCAAGCAAGUCGGGAUACAGACCUUCUUGCAGGAAUCUUACAUCGAAGCAUUCGGUCUGCUGGCGGACCGGCUAGCUCCCAUGGAAGCAUUUCUUGGUUUCGAGCCCAUGAACGAACCGCAUCGAGGCCUCGUCAAUCUGCACGAUUUCCAUUCGUACAACUACAGCACCGACCUUCACAUUGGUCAUUUCCCAUCGCUCAUCCAGGCGCUCGCGCUGGGCAGCGGAUACAAGCAGCAAGUCAAGUUCUACGUCAAGUCGUGGCCCGUUCCCACGCGAGUAUCGCACAUGGCGACAAUCGAUCCAAAAGGCAAGUCCUGCUGGCUUCCUGCUUCGGGCUCAUCUGACGCAGAGUCAAGCACACCUGUGGGGCUAGGGAUGUGUAUCUGGCGAGCUCAUGGAGUAUGGGAAUGGGACGAGUCCAAGCAGUUGCCCGUGGUCCUUCAAUACGACUACUUCGAGAAGGAUCAUCGACAAGGUCGCGAAGGUCAAAGGAUCGAAUGGUACCGGGACUGCUUUGCACCCUUCCUCGCUCGCUUCACCGAGCGCAUCAAUAGCAAACGUUCCGCAGCGCUGACAUUCGUCGAGCCGAUUCCUAACGAGUUCAUCCCACCGUGGAUUCCAGCUCGAGAGAUCGAAGACCCCACCGUCGCUGCACAAUACAAGGAAGCAGCGUACAGUCAGAAGUAUGCCGUCCGGACGCUCAUCGACACACCUCGACCCGGUGGAGAGGCGCGGUUCGUCUACGCUCCCCACUUUUACGACCUCAACGUGCUGUUCGGUAAAGUUCACAGCUGGAUGAGCGUCAAUGUUCAAGCUCUGAGUCGAGGCGGGUUCCCCCUCACAUCUUUGUACUUUGGUCCGCGCGGACUCAAGAAAAAUUACCUUGCCCAGCUUCAGACCAUCAAAGACCUUGCGUACGCCUCUCUCGGAACGGUGCCGAUGGUCAUCGGUGAAGUAGGUCUGCCAUUCGAUCUCAAUCAUAAACAUGCGUACAGGACGGGAGACUACACGAAGCAGCACGAGUUGAUGGACGCGCUCAUCAGCGCCAUGGAGAAGCUCGGACUCGGAUUCACUCUGUGGAACUACAACCCCGACAACCGGGUCGAGUACGGUGACGGGUGGAAUUUUGAGGACUUCAGCAUCACCAAUGGGGAUCCUUUGUCGAACACGGCCUUGAAGCCGGAUUUCAGGAAUGCCGGGCAUGAAGAGGAUGACUUGUACAAGGGAGGACGUGUGUUGGAUGUCAUCAUCCGACCGUAUGCUGUCAAAGUUGCCGGUGUGCAGGUGUACACGGAGUUCGACGUAGAGACUUUGUUCUUCGAGGUGCAUUGGAAGAACUUCCCUCACAGCAGUGGAAGCGACAGAUCCUUGGUGACAGAAAUCUUCCUCCCCGCUUACCACUACAAGAACCAACGGUUCAGCAUCACCACCACCGACGCCGAAACCACAUUCAACGCCGAACUUCAGACGCUGUUCGUCAAGCACACAGAUACCCGACCGGGGGUUGUACACAAGCUCAAGAUCGAAUUGGAGGAUCCGCAGGGUCACAAGAGGUGGAGAUUGCAGCAGAGGAGGAAGUUGAUCAAGGCGGAAGGUGUUGUGGACAAUGUUGGUAGGAUGGUCCCGGAUGGUGUGGUGCUGUGGUGGGACGGGCUCAGCGCGGGGCAGGUAUGGAGUGUGGUGAUUAUAGGGUUGGUGGUGUUGGUUGGGUUGUGGAUGGCUGACCACCAUAUGAAGAAGCUGAUGACGCCAGGCGAGAGGGGCGUCGACCUCUGA